AUGGAGUUCGACGACGAGAUGGGCUAUGCCGUCGCAGGACCAGGCUCCUCGCGCUCAAACAGCCGACCGCCCCGUCCACGCUGUCAAGCACCCCAGGAAUCCGUCAAGCAGUUCUGGGAACAAUUCAACACCAAGUACCCGGGCAAAGUAUACACGGUGCUGCCGGACAAUCCGUACGCACGGACUCGGGCCAAGCGUGUACCCAGCGGCCGUAUCCAAGGCCACGAGGCCGUCAAAUCCUACGAGCAGGCGCGCCAGGAAUGUCAAAAAUCCGUCGACCGUAUCGUCAAGGAAUGCGAGCGUGUGAAUCAGAAAUAUACCGACCCCCACUUCGAUAUCGAGCUGGAUCUAAAGUCUGGUCGGAGACACUAUCUCGAUGGGUUGGAUAAACCGAAUACGUAUUUUAGACCCCGGGGCGUGAAGAGAGUGACCGAAAUCUUUGAGAAUCCGCAAUUCUUCGUUAAUGGGCCUACCGCGUCAGAUGUGCGGCAGGGAUAUGAUGGGGAUUGCUGGCUCAUGGCUGCGCUUUGUACUAUGGGCAACAAGGAGGAGCUGAUCCGGAAAAUUUGUGUUGCUCGCAAUGAAGAUGUUGGGAUUUACGGAUUUGUUUUCCAUCGAGACGGCGAGUGGCAACAGUGCAUUGUAGAUGACAAGCUAUAUCUCCGCGCAGCUGACUACGAUGAAUCUGUGGAUGAGCGACCCCUCUGGGACGACAUAACUCGAACUGAUACGGAGGAAGAGUACCGGCGCGUCUGGCAGACGGGCUCGCGGGCCCUGUACUUCGCUCAGUGUGUCGACGACAACGAGAUCUGGCUACCUCUUUUGGAGAAAGCCUUUGCAAAGGCCCAUGGAGACUAUUCCGCGAUCGAGGGUGGUUUUGUUGGGGAGGCUCUCGAGGAUCUCACCGGAGGCGUCACGUCUGAGGUCUUAUCCAGCAAUAUCCUAAACAAGGACCGCUUUUGGACCGAUGAACUAAUGAAGGUCAACAAGGAAUUCCUGUUUGGUUGCGGGACGGGCAUGUUUUCAAACUGGUUAGAUCCUAAGUACCAGGGUCCACCUAGGGAUCGCAAGGGCAUCGCGGAGGGCCACUCCUAUUCCAUCAUGGAAGCCCGAGAGAUUGAUGGGCAUCGUCUGUUGCGACUCAGGAACCCAUGGGGCCGCAAAGAAUGGCAUGGUGCCUGGGGUGAUGGAUCCAAAGAAUGGACACCCGAGUGGAUGAAAGUUCUUGGCCACCAAUUUGGCAACGAUGGUUUCUUCUGGAUCUCUUAUAAAGACCUCCUCAGGAAAUACCAGCACUUCGACCGGACUCGCCUUUUUGGUCUUGAAUGGACCAUUACCCAGCAAUGGACUACCUUGAAUGUUCCCUGGUCUGCUGAUUACCACGGCACCAAAUUCAUGAUGGAUGUGACCAAGAGUGGUCCGGUAGUCAUUGUCCUAUCGCAACUUGAUACGCGUUAUUUCAAAGGACUAGCCGGCGAGUACAGCUUCGUGCUCAAGUUCCGCCUGCAAAAGAAAGGAGAAGAAGAUUAUCUCGUCCGCAGCCAUAGCAGCCACUUCAUGGGCCGAUCUGUCAACGCCGAGAUUAACCUUGACCCGGGUCAAUACCACGUCCUGAUGAAAAUCACAGCCUUCCGCCACGAAGGCGUAGACUCGACCGAUGAAAUUGUCCGCCAGGUUGCCUCGACCAGAAGAGAGAAAUUGGUGCAAGUAGGCCUUUCAUAUGACCUCGCGCAUGCGAAGGGAAUGGUGGGCGAGACAGAGGAAGAAAAGGCAGAGCAGGAGCGUUUUAAGGAACUCGAGCGGAGAAAGCUUCGCGACGAGAUCAAGAAAAAGAUGCAGAAGGCUUGGAUCUUCAACCAGAAGAUGAAUGCCCGACAAGAGCGCAUGGAAGCAAGGCGCGUGACCCGCACCCCCAGCGGCAGCUCCUACGAUCACAAUCCCGAACGUGAUUCUAUCCCCAGCCAAAUUCUGGCAGGAAAGUCAGUAGAAGAUUCUCCCGUUGAUGCUGCAAGCAUCUCAAGUGAAAUCGGUGACCGCCGUAUCAACGGCUCUGUCCCGAUCAUCCACGUCAACGGCGGCCAGGGCCUGCACGCAAGACAUGCAAGCAGUGGCUGGCGACGCGGGGCCGAGUCUCCACGUCCCAGUCUAGACACUCGCUUUGCUACAGAGACUCUGGACUCGAGUGACCUUGAGAUACUAGAAGGGUUCGAAUUCGACAGCGAUAUCGAUAUGCCUCCUGGCGAGGCGGAUGUGAAGAAUCACCCUCCGUCGAUGGACCAUGAUGGGCCUCCUGUUGACCCGUGGAAUGCUGUCUGUGUGGUUGGGUUGCGGGUUUACUCCAAGGAUCCGGAGUUGGUUUUGCAGGUUGUGCGUCCUGUGCCAGAGGAUUAUAUUGAAGCUCCUCUGGACCGAGACGACCCUGCGGCGUCGGCAACUACAUCUCAGCGAGACCCUUAUUUGUGA